UCUCUCUAUAGAUGUACUGAUAUCAUAUGUGCUGCUUAAGAUGAUAUAGUUAACCACUGCACUUCCAUUUCAUAAGCUUAAGCUGUAGGAGCGACAAAACUUUAUUCGAUGUUUCGUGGGUUGUGCAGAUGUGGCAUUUUUAGUUUUGGAGUCAUUCUCUGAGAGCUUGCCGCGUUGAGAGUAUCUUGGACUGGGAUGAACCCGAUGCAGCUUGUAGGCGACGUAGGUUUUCAAAAUCGCCGCCUCAAGAUCCCCAAAGAAGUCGAUCCCUUGGUUGGAAAGAUCAUCUGGGAAUGUCGGCAGACGGCUCACAAAGUAUUUCGUGGCUUCUGGAAUCCCCGUUGCUUCAGCUUUGGAUCGCCAACGAGACGGUCACGGAGCGGGCACGACCGUCGGAUCAGUGUCCCAUGGCAGUCGCGGCACACAAAAGCUAUGGCGCCUUCCCCUGUAUCUGGGACGAACGACCCAUCGACGUUGAUUUUUGAGCACGUCGGGAGCUGGCGCUGUCCAAACCAGGGGGACACGGGAGGAAGAGAUGUCCAGUGGUUUCUUGGAUGUCGCCCACAUAGCGUGCGGGUAGUCUCAGUAACAGACGCCAUCACGUCUCUCUCGCUGGCCACCGCAGCCUUGGACGUAAAGGAGCAGAGCGUCGACGCCCAUCACCACCGUCAAUCGAACUUCUCUCCCAUGCUCUGUCUCUCUCUCUCGUCCAAUGCGUUGGAGAUUCCUUUUAAGCUGAUGAUUUCAUGCUCUGCAGGAGAAUUCGCAGCAACAACAACAACAACAACCGCUGCAAUACACUCUCUAAAACAUGGUGUGCACGCGAGGGCUGAGGAACCGAGCGAAGCAAGAACACAAUGCACGGACCGAAAAAAUCAUAUGAUUGUUCUGUAUUGCCCUUUGUUGAAAGGUUUAAUUUGCUAUCUCAGUUGUUUUCUAAUGUUUGGUCUCAGAUUCGUCGAUUGCUCGCUAGCAAUAAUUAGCUAGGUUUCUCAUGUUAUAUUCCUCGCCAAUUGAUGGGAAUUCCUAUUUGUGUAACACCUCGCCCUUCAUGUUCACCACCUAUUCGACGUUUUGCCUCAAAGAUGUCAACAAUGAAUUAAUUGAUCGAUUUGAGAUUGCAUGGGAAUGGUUUGUGUUAUUGUUCAGUGUACUGAUCAUAUAUUGCGAAUAAAUGCUUCAUCCUUUGAUGGCCUAGAGUUCUCCUUCCCUUGGUGCUUUCGUUUACUUUGUUCUUGGUGAAUUAAAUACUGCUUUGGGAGCGUGGCUGAACUGUUCUCUAAACUGAGAGCCUCUGGAUUUAUGCUUGAGCUUGAGGUGUUCCAAGUGCAUGUAUCAUAAUCGUCUAGGUGUUAAUGUAGAGAAAUCAUCUAUAACCACAAGUUGUUCAUAUGUUGGAGUUGUGGUUUUUCUUUCGCAUGCUAACUACUGCUCUGUUUUGCCUCGCAAAUCAAGUAUCGUUUGUGUCAUGCUUGCAAUGCACGUGCAAGUACAUGGUGGUUUAUUUCGGUUUUCACCAUUAGCUUGCACAAUAUUCAUUUCAAGAUGUGUUAUUUUUUGAAUUUGUACACCUGCUGCAUCGUAGGCUAGCUGAAUCUGUCUAUUCUUAUUGUAUAUGGCUCAAAUUUACUGGAUUAAUUGUUGUUUUUGCUGUACAUAUUCAAAAAUAUGUUGAUUUCUUGGCUAUGAGUGUUGUAUGAAAAAUAUGUUGAUUUCUUGGCUGUGAAUGCUGUGUAUGUUCAUAACAUGCUAUAGUCAUGGUUAUAAAUGCUGUCAGUCACUUAAAUUUGCUGGAUUCAUGGUCAUGCCUGCUGUCCAUAUUCAUUUGUUGUUCAAACAACAAUGGCCAAGACUUGUCUAUGUGUUAUCUUAGUCAUAUUAGUUGAGGUGAGGAAUUCAUGUUAAUUUUCGAGGGAGAUAAUCAUGAUGUCAUGCUUUAAUUUGCUGAAAUUGAACAUGUGCCCGUUGUACAAGCAUUGAUGAUCUUCACUUGACUUCAAUUAGUUCUCAUAUUGCUCACGUGAGCGCAUGUUCUAUACCGUCAAAGCUGUGGAUGAUCCAAGGACCCUGGACAGAAUUCUGUACAUGAGACCUCCUGCCAACACUUACUCGUUUAAUGAUUUCGUGUCUUUGUGGGAGAGAAAGAUUGGCAAGGACCUGGAGAGAGUGUAUGUUCCAGAGGAGCAUGUUCUGAAGAACAUUCAAGUGGCGGCAGUUCCACUCAAUGCCUGGUUGGCCAUAUUCCAUUCUGUCUACAUGAAAGGAGACCAAACCAACUUCAAAAUUGAACCAUCGUUUAGAGUGGAGCUUCUGAGCUCUAUCCCGAUGUCAAAUACACGACUGUGGAUUAGUACCUUGAUCAGUUUGUCUAAUUAUUGAAACCGACUGUGCUUGGUAAUUUUCUCACAUCAACUCGAAUCAUAGAUAAUAUAGGAUGCUGCUUCUCAAGAUCCUCGUGUGAAAUGUUGCUCCCGCUGAUCAUCUCAUGGCUUGUACAACCUCCAAUUAUAGGGACAUGCUAUAAACAAUCAAUAUGUGCGAAUCUACACAGUGCUUGGAGAAGUUAAUUCUGUUUUGGAGUUGACAUGGGUUUAUGGGCCAAGCUAAAAGAAAGACAUGGGUUUCUC